UUUAAAGCAGGGUCAAACUUGAGGGACAAGGUCAAACUCCAACCUUAAAAACCAGUUUGAGCUCAAAAUAUACAGCCUAGCACCACAACAGUCCCAUGUAAUUGCUGCUUGGUCCAGCAGAGGGCACUGUAUUAUGUUGUAGUUUGCUGUGAAAUUGAUAGACACAAGCAAGUAAUAUGUCAUCCUGUGCUGACAUUCACUGAAUAUCUUUGAAGGAAUAGUGUGUCAUGUAGUAUUUGUUCCCUGCCUUAUUCAGGAUAAUAAAGAAAAUACUGCUCCCAGCAAUUCAUUGUUAGGAUUAAAAUGACAAUGCAUGGAUGAGAGAAUUAAGGAAACAGCCUCAAAUGGUUGAAUGAGCAGGGUAGAAUGGAAAGAAUGUUUUAAUUAAGCAUCUUUAUCUUUGUCCAGCACAAGAGACAGGCAGGAGAGGAAGACGGGGACAGGAGGGUCUAUUUGCACUGUCAGUGUUUGCACAGGUUAAGAAGAUGAUGGAUGAUUUUUUCUCUCCUCUUACUUAACAGCAUGCCAAACUGUGAUAACGCUUCAUUGCUCUCUCUGAGCAGUGGGUAUGAAUACAUAUAGGUCAGAAGCCCAACCCCCCCCCCCCACCUCAACAGAGUAGGCAGCAACAGCAGCAGAGAUAGCGUGAUGUGGUGGGAGAAUGUACUGCCACCAAGCCUGAAGCUGCAUUUCAGAAAACAACAUAAUUGACAGCACUGCCUCCUGUUCAUCAUUCUCCUCCCACACUGCUCUCACCCUUCUACCCCUCACACAGACAAGGCGGUGCGCUGAAGGACGGACACAAAGAGAGGAAAAUGGAAGUAAAAAAGGAGACGAGAGGUACAUGGGGGGAGGGAAGAUGACACUCAAGCGUGAAUCAGAGGAAGAAAGCAGCAGCGCAGGAGCAAAAGCACUGGUGUGUAAUUUAGAAGAAAAGCUUAGCCCGACAGAGAUGUACAGCUUGGGCAACAUCCAGGGAUUCACCCAAUUUAUCCAGUGUUGCUUUGAUAUUUGCAGUAUGGCGUAAGAGGACAGUGAAAGGAAUCGGGCUACCUGCCAGCAACAGACCUCCCCUCUACCUCUGGCCAGAGGUGGCGGUGGCAGCAACAGCAGCAACAUUAGCAUCAAGCCUCUGGAGACAAUGCACCAAAAACAGAGACUGCAACGCCGACACGCCGACACUCCGACACAUGAUCUGCUGAUGCAGACAUGUUGCUUUUUCAUGCAUGUGACGGUUAGUACAAGCUCCUGGAGAAGAUUUCAUUUCAUUUCCAAGUGACUAAUAUACUAAUGAACAACAUUGACAUUACUUUCUAAUGAAGGAGGAGGCUACUUUGUCACAUGGCAAUGUGAAUACAUGAGGAUCUAAGCUGGAUGCGAUUGUGAUUUGACUGGGAGUGCAGAGCAAAGACCUAGACGCUACCGAGUCUGCAACUGCUUUUCAUCAUAUUCAGCAAGAAAAGGCUUGGAUUAAAACGUACUAGCCGGACCAGAUGCUCGUAGGUCCCUAGGUUAUUUUAGUUUGACACCCCUGAUCGAGGGAACCACUGGACAUCAACAAAUUGGUUUACUGAAAUGGGAUGCCAAAACGGGGUCAAAGUCCUUUAAUUGACUCACCAGAUAGACUUCGGGUUUUCUCCAGGGAUCAAUACCUGGCCAAAUGCUGCUGAGUGCUAAGUGAAUCACAGCCAGCAGAACCAUGCAGUGGAGACGGCGCCACUGCUGUAAUCACACAGCCAUAUUCCUCUCACUGUUGGGUGUAUUGGUCUUUCUAGUUUACCAGGUGUGGCUGCCCAGGCUAACAGGUAUGCCAUGGUGGAGAGGCCAUCCUGUGGUGUAUGGAGGAGGUGGACUUCAAAACACCAAAGCCAAAGUGAACAUGAGCUCCCAACAUUCAAUGUGGAGAUUUGUUAUUGUUCCACAGCCAACUACCAAGGCUCAUGUCAAUGCAAGUUCCCAUGAGAAGGAGGACUUCUUUCCUCAAGGAGACCCAGAUUUUGAGAAUGCUCUGGCAGGCAACACAAGCCAAAGUGAAGAGAGAGAAAUUAAUAACAUAAGACAUGGGCCUUUCCAUUACAUCAUCAAUGAGCCAGACAAAUGUGUAAAAAUGAGCCCUGCACCAUUUCUGGUGUUGCUGAUAGCUACUGAAGCUCGGAAGGUGGAAGCAAGGAACGCCAUUCGUCAGACAUGGGGGAAUGAGAGUGUUUCUCCAGCUCUGGGAUUCAUCCGACUUUUCAUGCUGGGGAAAAGUGAGGGGGAGCUUGGACUUUUACAACAAAGGAUGCUCGAAGCAGAGAGCCAGAGGCACCAUGACAUAAUUCAGCAGGACUUUCUGGAUUCUUACAAAAACUUGACUAUUAAGACAUUGAUGGGAAUGAACUGGGUGGCAAUGCACUGCCCACAAGCCAGCUAUGUCAUGAAGACAGACAGUGACAUGUUCGUCAACACAGAGUACCUCAUUUAUAAACUUCUCAGACCAGAUCUGAAUCCCAAAAAGCACUACUUCACAGGAAAUAACAUGAGAGGCUUUGCACCCAACCGAAAUAAAAACAGCAAAUGGUACAUGCCCCCAGAGCUGUACCCAAAUGAAAAGUAUCCCACCUUCUGUUCUGGGACUGGUUAUGUCUUCUCUGGAGACUUGGCGAUUAAAAUCUAUGAGACAUCUCUAUGCAUUCGCCACCUGCAUCUCGAGGAUGUUUAUGUGGGAAUUUGCCUGGCCAAGCUCGGCAUUGAGCCCACACCACCACCCAAUGAGUUCCUAUUUAACCACUGGCGAGUGUCUUACUCAAGCUGCAAGUAUAGCCAUCUGAUAACAUCGCAUGGGUUUCACCCGAAUGAACUACUUAAAUAUUGGCAUCACUUGCAAAACAAUAAACACAAUGCCUGCAUCAAUUCAUUUAAAGAGAGAGCGGUCAAGACUCACUAAGUAGGAAUGAAUGCAAAAGACAGGCUCAAUAACUGAUACUUUUGUACUUACAAGCGCUGUACCAAUGGGAAAUUGUACAAUCUAUAUCAAUUUCCAGGUCAAAUGACUCUUAAGUACUCAGUGGAUAUUUACUGGCUCCAGCUCAAAACAGUGGUGGUGGAAACACCAGUCAUGAUCAUCGUAUUCUUUGCAAUGGUAGAACACAGUAUAAUUACUGUAAUGAAAUCACUGGUAACCUCUGUCUCAUUUCAGUCAAUGUUCACUAUGGAUGCACCGAAAUGAAAAUUGUUGGCCGAAACCAGGACCCGGAAAUCUGGAAACACUUGGCCAAAAACAGAAACACCGAAAUAAAUUACGUCAAUUCUGUACCAUUGUUUUUUUUUUUUUUUUAAACUUAAUUUUGUUGUUAUGGCUGGGACUGUGUGUACUUACCUCACUAAGUUAAGGCAUUGCAAUUGUAUAGAUUAAUACAUUUAACAUUUCCUCUUGUUAACCGAGUAACAAAAUGGGUGGACAUGAUAACAGCUGUCUAUUAAUGUGUCUUUCCUGUCUGUGGUGGUCUAUGUGGCUUUUCAUGUGCGCAAUAAAACAGUUAAACUGGU